AUGACCACAUUUGAGAGAGAGAGAUAUGCGGAAAUCGAGACUUCCCUGUUCAAAGGACAUGCGCAUUAUUUUGGAUUGUUUGCUUAUCCUGUUGUUGAUGAAACGCUGCUAAACAUUGCUAAUAGACAUUUGAUGAGAUGGACAACUAGUCGCCGCGUUUUAAUUGAUAGUGAUGAGGAGGAUUCAGGAGGAUGUGAAUUAAGUAAUCGUUGUCCUUUUAAACUCUUUUUGGUGCAAUGUAACAUCGCUCUUGCAAGGUUAUUAUUGUGCGAAGACUUUCAAGAGGUUCCUCAGUUGAAGUCGCGCCGUGACCGAGGCUGGCGAGAAUUUCCUUGCGACGCAGCAGAUGGAGUUGUAAGCCCUGAUAUUCCAUCAUUUAGAGAAGACAGUAACAAGUGGGACAGCAACGAAGAAUUAGACGGACCAGGUAAAAUUUCUGGUCAAGAAAGGCGUAGAGGCAAGAAUUAUGAUCACCUUGAAAACGCGCCCCAAAAGGAUAAGAACAAAGGAAUCAGCAUCUCACAGAAGAUACAGCAAACACCAAAUGAAGUCAGUGGUGGACGGAAUGACACUCUUAAAGCCUCUUUUCAGGGAGGAUACGUGGUUGCAGACAGCCGUGAAAACCCCGAUGUUCUUACUACAAACGGGGCUUGCGGCUUUGACAAAGAUUGGAAUACCCAAGCUGUUGCCCUUCCAAAAACACCAGGAGAUUCCCAAGGGAUUAAUUCGAAAACAAAAACAUAUCUUGGUUUGAAAGGUGGACGCCGAAGCGAUCUUCCGUCAGGGCACAGCUCACAAAGGGAUCCAAGUGGGGAUGACUUUGGCACAAAUCACAUCGGAAUAGAUCCCAGUUUCCUCACAUGUCAUUCUUAUGAGUGCAAUGCAUCUGAUGAGCGCUGGGAUUCUUGUGAUCCAUUUGAAGAUUCAGAAGUGCUUGCAGGUUCCUACUCCGAGUAUAACAGAUCUAGGUGUAUGACUGAAGUGUACCACCCUACUUCUCUAAGUUCAACGAAAUUUCCUAAAUGUCGUGAUUUUACAAAAACUGUUCCAGCGAAGACCUUAGGACUACCUCAAUUUUCAAAUUUCCUUGAAGAUGGAUGUAAAGCAAAUCUCCCGUUGACAAAUAUCUUCCCAGAUGGACAUGUACUCGCCGAAAGGCCGACGUUCUCAUCGCAGUUUGAAAGAAAAGAUGACGCUCCGGGAUUUCUUCCGGACGGGGAAAGUGCAGGAGCUGGUCAUGGUCUGUUAAACAGUAAUUCAAACACAUCUUCUGACGAAUCAUUGGCCGUACUCGAGCAACGUGUGGCUGAAGCUUGCUCUCUUGUCGAGAAAACGUUGAAAGAAAGACAAGAAAGAGAGAAAUCGAUGAAAGAAACGGAGCAAAAAAGAAAAGAUAAGUGGGCAAGGAAACAACAACUCGCACGUGAAAGAAAAGAAAGGGAAGCGAGGGAAGCAAGAGAAGCGGAACUCAGAAAUGAAAGAGUAGAGGGGAACUCCACGAGCGGUGGACAAGAAACACCUUUGCAAGACUCGGCAAGUGCUGGGGUUCGACAAUGGCUGUGUGAACAUUAUCAGCGGCUCUGCCGUGUCAAGUUCUCGUGCUGCGGAAAGUUCUUUCCUUGUCAUCGUUGUCAUAACAACUCUGGGUGUCCAAAUGAUAAUUCCAAAGCAAGAGAGGCGUGCUCUGUUGAGUGCUCUGUUUGUAGCCAUCAACAAGAGAUCAACCAGGACGCCCACACCUGUGUCAGAUGCAAAACAAGGUUCUCAGCAUAUUUCUGCUGGGUAUGUAAACACUUCACAGGGGAGGAUAAAGCUCCUUAUCACUGCGAAAAAUGUGGUAUCUGCCGUAUCUACAAGGACCGCUCCUUCCACUGUGAUGUGUGUAACGUCUGUCUGGACAAACGGCUGGAAGGAAAACAUUCCUGCCGAGCAAAUUCAGGACACGAUGAGUGUUGCAUCUGUUUGGAGGACGCUUUUAGCGGUUGUCAGAUCCUGCCAUGCUCACACAAGGUUCACCGCGAAUGUGCUAUUGCUAUGAUACAGAACGGCGUUCGCAGCUGUCCUAUUUGCCGCCAUCCUUUGUACAGUCAGACAGGAAUGAAUGAGUGAAUUACAACCUCGACUCCAGUGUUCAAAAUUCUAAGGCAAAAUUGUUCCCCAUUAAGAUGUUUUAGAUAGUGUUCUGAUUGACGUAUUCAUUCUUUAUUGUAGCCGUGAAUUUAAUCUUUUA